AUGGGUGUGUUGUUAACAUUAGCUUGUUAUCUGAUCACUUUCUCGCCGUCCGCAGCGCUGUUCUGCCGCUUUGUGGCAAAGGAUCCAUUGCGGAUUAUUCUUUUCGUUCUAGGGGCAUUCUUUUGGUUGGCAUCGCUUUUGCUGUCUUCCUUCAUAUGGUUAGCGAUAUCUGCGGUUUGGGAUGCACUACCUCUUGCUGUUGCUUGCUCUAUUGUGUUGCAAGACGGGGCUCGUGUUUUCUACUUCUGGCUUCUCAAAAAAGCGCAACGUGGCUUAAACAGGAUCACUCGUCAAGGCGCAGCUUCAAUUGCACCUGGAGUUUCCGAUUUACAUAAUGCUCGACAUAUGCUUGCGGUGGUUUGUGGCCUUGGAAUGGGUGUUAUGGCUGCCCUCCUUUUGACUAUGAAUGUUUUCGCCGAAUUCGCUGGCCCUGGUACAAUUGGCCUUCCUCGCUCGCUGAAGGAAGGCCGCCGUGAUAUACACUUGACUGGAACAUACCUUCCUCUAUACUACGCAUUAUCUGGGUGCUUCACCAGUGUGUUCAGUGUCACUUGGACAAUCAUGUUUUGGGACUCGUGUCACAAAGUGAAAAAAGGAGUGUUUUGGGCUCUACCUGCGAUCGUGGCGACUUCUACUCACGCGGCUGCAAGUGCACUUAGUUGGUAUAAUUCGGCUGGAUAUCAACCGAUCGUACUUACCGCCCAAUUUUGCAUACUCAUAUGUUGUAUACUGUAUUCGAACAGCAUAACUGGCGCAUCCCCGCGCACGCUUCUCAACGGAGUCAUCUCUGCGUUGGUGGACUGGCUCACAUUAAAAUGGCUUCGUAGUAAGCUGUUUAAGAAGAAUGAAGCCCCAUUUUCGGCAGUUGAGGAAAUGGAGGCAGAGGAAAGAAGGGAACCAUACACAUAG